UCGAUAUCACCAUUUUGGGUAUUCACUCAUCCAAAUAGGUCCUAACAAAAGAAGGAUUGUCCAAAAGCAAAACGCCGAAUUUAUUUAUAGGAAGGGUGGCAAUCAAAUCGAGUAGAAUUAGAUAUGGAUCGGGUCAGAUAUAGGAUAGAUCAAAGAACCUAUCCAAUGAAGAUAGGUCAAAAAUUUAGAUUCGAACUUGACCAUUUUAUUAGAUAAGUAAUACAAUCUAACCUAGAGCAAGUUGAAUCAAGUUAAUGGAUUUAACAGGUUGAGUGCAUGGGCAUCUCUAAUUUAUGGCAAUUGGUUGCUUGGAGAUAAAAGAUGCAUUAGCUUCCCCAGUUGAGUUUAAACAGCAUCUAAUUAGGGCAGGAAUUUUUGCUUUCCUCGCCCACCCACCUUCUAUCUUUUUCUGGCACCGCUUACUAAUUUAAAGCUUGGACCCUUCGUCGCCAACUCCACCUCCUCAUUCCUUGUUUCUAUCUCCACCACCCAUCUCCCAUUUUUUUCACACACGCAUUCCCACCCAUCACUGCCCUUCUCCAGCGACUCCCAGCUCACAGCUCCCGCAGCCACCGCUCCUCGAAACCCACCCUUUUCUUAGCUCCAUUCGCUACCACCACCUUCAGAUCCCGCAACCGAAAUCCCACCCAUUUAAUAACCCACCUCUAAAUCCAAAAUCCCCACCACCUCCCAUUAGAACAGAAGAAAAGCUGUUUUGGAAUAGAAGAAAAAAAAGCAAAGAAAAGCAAACAUGAUCAAUGGCUAUUCCAAGAUCAGUGGCGGUACCAACAUCCCAUCCAAGUCGAGAUCUUUAGACUUCUCAGAACUCGCCUUCUGCUCCCCGCCUCAAGCCCAUGAGGCCCCCCCAAGCUCCACCUCCAAGCUUCCACAAAGAGAAGUUAACACCAAGAUCAAUGAUGAUUCCACAUGGCCAGAGGUGGAGGGUGGUGGUGGUGGUGAUGGGGAGAGGUUUGGGGUGAUACUUAGCAGGACCUGCUCCUCUGCUUCUCAGAGGUUCAAGGCUUCUGAGAGGAACCAUGGGAGGGCCUCGCUGCAGGCAGCGGUCAGGAGGGCUUUCUCCAUGAGGAAGGCCUCGGAGGGGUAUUGGAGGAUCCAUGACACCUGUGAUGGGGAUGGGAAUGGGGAAUUGGUAGAGGAGGAGGAAGAGCAGCAGCAGCAGCAGCAGCAGAGGAGGACGAGGGACCCAAGGAAGAAAAGAGGGAAGUUCGCAAGGGCAUGUAAGAAGCUCUUUGGGUUUUAAAUUAUUUGUUUUGGGUUUUCCUCUUAUUUUUCUCUUUGGCUAUUAGCUGUUGAAUUUUCCUUUUCUUUUUUUUUUUUGGUGAUUUCGCUCUUUAAUUUUUAAUCAAAUGAUCAUCAAGAGAUCUUAAGAAACAAACUCUUCUGUUUUAUCAAAUGGAUGUUUUAUGUGGGUAUUAUGAUGUCUCGUAUGGAGGAUCUCAGCUCAUUCCUCCGAUUUUUAAUUUUGGAUCAAAUAAUCAUCACCCAAGUCUCUCUCUCCCUCUCUCUUGUUUGGUUGGAUUCAUAUUUCGGAACUUUUGAAGGAUUGGUCAUUUUAGAUGUUGGUCUGCAGGCCCUUUCGGUUGGUCAAUUGUUUCAUAAACAUGAGCCUUCUUUUCAGUGAGAAUUUUUCUUUUAAUUAAGCGCGAAGGAUUAUUCUAUCACAGAAGUUUUUUCCUGGUUCCUUUUGAGCUACCUUUCUAGAUUCUGGAAAUCAAAUUUUCAGUGAUUGGAGACCUUCUUCAAGGAUGGAUAAUUUAAACACUCCAUUAAUCUCUGUCAACCUCGUUCUUUUUUUUUUUUUAUUAAUUACAACAAGCAUGUCUAAAUAUUAUAACCUUGAAGAUUUCAGUGAUUUAAUGCAAUUUAAGGCCAUUCUGGCUUUCUUUUAUGAGAGGACUUCCCCUGGUGGACUUGGUGGUUUGCACUGCACAAACUCAUCUCCUGUUGGUAUUUUUGCACUUUUCCUUCUUUCCAUUGAUGCUGUGCAUAAGAUUUUUAUUCCCUUUGUUUCAUUUUCUUUGGGGUUUAUUAUUCUUGAGAAGCCCUCCCCCUCUUUCCCUUUGCUCUUUUCUCUUCUUUUGCUAUCUUGUAAUAACUUGCUCUUUUCAUUCUCUUAAUUAAACUUCAAACUGGAUUUUCCUCCCUCCUCCUCAGGAAAAAAAUGUAUUCCAGGAUAAUGUCUUUGAUAUUUCCAUUGAUCUGCAUGCUCUUUGACACUUCUUCAACUCAAUGAAGGCAAAAAAAGACAAAAAAAAAAGAGGAAAAAAAGAGAGGAGAGGAAUAGAAUUGCCAUGAUCACUCUAGUACCCUUAGCCAGAAUAUGGAUAUGGAUGGAUUUUGACUUGCAGUUGUCUCCCACCUGAUCUGAGAGUCCAUCUUAUAUAGAAGUGCUUCAAUGUUCGGAUUCAGCGACCAGAUGAAAGUUGCCACAACUUGGCCCUAUCCUUCCUUUUCUAGCGGACAGAUUAGUUUUUUUUUUUUUUUUUUUUUUUUUUUGCGCUAAAGCGGAUAGAUCAUACCUCACGAAUACGGAUGCACUCAAUAAAGUCGCAUAAUUAUUGCAAUGGAGUACCAAGAUACUCCAUAUUUUUGGGUCUCA